UCGAGUUUUUUGUGAUAUUUUCUUAAAGUUUCAGUCUCCAUGUUUUCUCUUGUCUCUCUGUACGUUCAUGAAGCGAGUUUCUGCAGGUUUGUAAUCCGCUGCAGUCUGUUUGCCGUCUUUCUGCCUCAGUAUGAAUAUUAUGCUCACAACACACAGCAAAGCAUAAGUUGGACAAUAACGACUGACUAUAUGCCAGCGAACCCAAAAGCUGCUUCAGAUAAUACUUAGAGAAAUACUGAGUUUAGGAAACAGCAGGAUAAUGAGUGCUGCUCAGAGUCAGUCAACACUGGAGGCCAAACUGAAGGCCCUGGAGUGUCACUUCACGUGGGACAUCGACCUCAGCAGGUCCAAACUUUUCCGUCUCAAGGAGAAGCUGGAGGACAUUGGCACAGAGGAGGGAAACAGCUGGCUGGGUCACAUUUACAACCUGCAGGGGUACAUUCACUACCAGCUGGGCUUCACUGAAGACGCCCAGUGUUUCUUCAGCAGGGCCACAGAGGCCUUCCGCCGGUCAAGAAACACCGUCUCAGAUGAAGGUCCCUGGUUGGCGGUGAACUACGGGAACCUGGCUUGGCUGCACCACCACCUGGGAGAACAAGCAGAGUGUCAGACUUACCUGUCAAAGGUCGACACCCUGCUGAAAGAAUACCCAUCUCCAUCUCAGGAUGAGCUCCAUCCAGAGAUCUACGCUGAAAAAGCCUGGACCCUGAUGAAGUUCGGCAGAGACAAAAAGCCUCUGGUGGCAGAUUACUUCCAGAGAGCCAUCAGGAUGCAGCCAGACAUGGUGGAGUGGAACACCAGCUAUGUCAUAGCAUUAGUGAAUGCUGUAAAGUACAGCAACACACCAGUGGAGGAAGACAUCCUGGAGAAAAUUAAAAUGGCCAAGGAACAGGAUCCAGAGAACUUGUACCUUUCUGUUCACUACCUUGAUCAGUGUGGUAAGAAAGGAGAAAGAAUUGAAGAUGAAGCAUGUGAGUUAGCCAGAAAGGUUUUGAGAAAUCCUGUCAGCAGCUACAGUGGUAUCAAAGUGUUAUUUUGGGUUUACAGAAAAUAUGUAUCUGUUGAUGAGGCUAUUGCUCUUGCAGAGGAAGCUCUGGAAAAACAUCCAGAUGAACGUUACCUGAGGAGAUGUGCUGCACUCUGCUACAGAUGGAGGAUUGCUUUCGCCAAGUAUGGAUACGUAACGCAAAGCAUGAUAGACAGAGGAAUCAGUCUCCAUAAAGAAGUGAUUUCUCUUUAUCCUCAUUCAGCACUUGUCAAGAAAAUUGAUCUUGCAAAUAUAUACGCAAAGUUCGGUCACCGCCUGGCUGAAGCUAAGCAGAUUUACCAGAAACUGCUAGAAAUGGAUCUGGAACCUGCAGGGAAACAGAUGCUUUACAACAGCUACGCAAAAUAUUUAUACUUCGGUCAAAAAGAUAGCCACAGGUCACGAGAAUAUCACAAGAAGGCAGCAGAGAUACCACAACAAUCCUACUAUCGAGAGAACAGCAUCAAACUUCUGGAGAGAGUUGAAGAAAAGGACAGGCAACAAAAUAUACUAAUAGAGGAGUUAAUGGUUUUCCUGGGAAUUCAGUAAUCCUAAAUCUAGUAGAUUUAUUGAAAAAAUCUGUACAUAUUCAUCAUUCUGAUUUUAUACACAUCAGGAAAACUUGCAGAAAAGAUUUGUGGAAGUUACAGAAAUGAUUACAUCUUUAAAGACAACAUCCCAGACAGCCUGGACCCUCAUCAGUUUGCAUACAGAACCAACAGAUCCACAGAGGAUGCCAUCAAUUUCAAUUUUUGUUUUGAUGGUGACUUCAGAAAUGUUUUUCCCCAAUCAGGUUUGGUCGCAGGAACAUAUAAGGUGAAAAUCAAAAUUAACCACCGCACACUGAGAUGAUUUUACUGUGAUUUUAUUAGGAGCGAACAGGUGUGAUAAAUACAUCUGAGUCACAUGACUAUUUAUCACUGUCUCCAUUUUUUCAAAGUGGGCAUUUUACAAAGGGCAUGACAAUAAAAAUACAUAUUACAAAAAACAUGACACGAUGACAUGAACUACUAGGUCCCCUGGCAGUCACCCUUCCCAUUUAGUGAUGUAGAGGGACAGCUGUAGGAUCUACAAUCUAUUCUGCCAAGGAAAUUUAGCUCAUCCUAUUCAGUCAGUUGUUUAUGGGAGGUAAUGAAGUUUAAUUAUGUAAAAUGGUGUAAUUCUUGUAACUUUGUACUUUAUAUUGAAAUUAAUGAAAAGCAAAGACUGCUGGAAGGAAGACAAAAAAUAUAACAUAUAAAGCUGUAAAGCCUAUAAAUUCACUCUGAAAAGAUGCUCAGCAGUAAUAGAGUUUAUGUGAUUUGUAGGAAACAAGCUGAAUCAUUUAAAAGCACUGAGAUAGUCUUUUAAAAUGUCAUUACCAUAAUCAUGUUAUGUACUUUAAUGUUCAGGUUUUAAUCAGAUGUUCUUGGACUCAUAUAUAACCAUGGUGUUUCUAUAUAACUGGUGUGUUGAUUUUGUCUUUUUCUUAGCACUGUUUUUGAAGUUUACAUUAGAUUGGAUACAAUAGAAGAAAAAACUUUUCUGCUAUAGAAAUGUCCAAGUUGUCUGGCCUUUAUGUAUCUGUAUUGAUUAACAAGAGGUGACUGAAUAGGAUCUUUGGUAGGUUUGUUAAGUUUCAACACCUGAGUGAUCACUGCUGUAUUUAUAUUUGAGGGAAGUUUAGACGUGAUAGUUUCAUAUCUGUCAUAUUGUUGAACCUAUUCUGUUGCAGUCUGUGGCGUUAUUAUUUUAUAUGUUUUUAAUUGUUGUACUUCUCCUGUCGUGCUGUUUUCAAUGUCGUCUGGUUGCACGGACGCAUUAUGAGACAAUAGGCCCCUGGUAUGUAAAGAUAUAAUGAAAGAAUCUCCAAAGGUGUAACUGUCUCAGAGACAUGUUUCUGUUAUAAAUUCAUGUUUAUUUGAGUUCAUACAGUCAUUAAAAAUGUAAUAUAAAUAAGAUGUUAAAAGGGUAUUUAACAUCUUAUUUAAAAGUGUAUUUGUCCAAAAUAUACCAUCUUAAAAUAAUGCUUGUUUAAUUUUUUUAGUGCUCAUCAUUUAAUUUUAGAGUGUAAUGAAUAUUUAAAAUUUUGUGUAUAAUGUAUGCUGAUGUGCCUUUACAUGGACAAUGUGAAACAUUUUCAGUAAUUCUAUUCGAUUUCAUCACAUUACUGUUCUGCCAACGUGUUUGGGCCUGUUUAUCAAUGGACACUAGUCAAAAAAAACUUUAAAAAAGACUGAGAGAUGAAACUUUUUAUGUCUUUUAUUUUCUUGUAGUUUUCACAGAGUCUACUGAUGAAAAAGAGACAGAUUAAAUAAAUCUUCAAAAGACAUCUGUAUGAUGCGUGGCCAUUAUUUCAUUGGACCAGUGUAGCUACAAGACGACAACAAAACAAACAACAACAUAUUUCUGUUUCUGUUUCUGUGACAUUUUGCAGGUGACAUUUAAACAGCUUGACUGAUGUUACUGUAUUUUAGUGAACUGUUACUGUAGCUCAGUAUGAAGUCCAGCUGUAAUACGAAGGAAAAAGUCAACAAAAACAAAUAUUGGAUGAGGGCGUUUCUAGGACUUGAAAAGAUCUGAGGUUAAGCCAAGGUCACCCAGAGCUUUAUCUUU